AUGGACAGCAUUAUUAGCAUUAUUGGAAAUAUCAUUUCGUUAGGUCAAGAGAUCAAUACCCGUUUUGAGAAACAUGGAGAAGCUGUUGGGGAGCUCAAGAAACUGGAAAGAAUUCUAAGACAGCUUAAGGAAGUUUUGGAAAACAUUAAUAAGGUUGAUAAAGCUGAUAAAAUUGACAAGGAUAAAAUUGAUAAUAUCUAUAUAAUUGGCAUCAAGGAUACUCUUGUGAAAGCCCAAGAUACCUAUACGCAAUGCGCAAAAGAUCUUGGAAUAAAUGAAAAUAAAAGCAAGUUUAAAAUCUUAAAGCGGGGUAUAGGAAUAUUUAGGUCACCCUCCAUCUUGGAAAACAUUCAAAAAAUCAUUCAAGAGAUUGAGUCUGAACUUGACUUUACCAAGAAUCUUUUGAGUGUCGUACAACACGCUCAAACUUCAACAUCAGGGACCACUACGUCCACUAACACUCUAGGGUCAGAACUGAGAGGUGCUUUGGCAAAUACGAUUGAAGAAAUCGUGAAAAGACUUCAAAGUGACUGUCAGCAACUUAAAGAGAGGCUUGAUCGAUGUACCCUUCCCGUUGACUCUUCCUUCCUUGAUGAUUUGGGAAGAGACAAUCCGGAAGCAAUUGCUUUCUGGAAGCAACGCUUCAGAUCUACUGAACUCAUUGUAGCACCUUUCGAGAAUAUAUAUGUCUCCUGGGCUAGGUUUGUCCAUGAAAUUGAAACAGCCUUUUCACUAAAGAAUAUCCCGACUGCUACCAUGACUUUCAAUGAGAGUGAUGAAAUACGCAAAAACGGUAGUAGAUAUCUUAUUAAAUCAAAUGGAACGUUUUAUUUGAAAGAUAUUAGGCCACUUUGGCUUCCAGCUCUACGUGAAACAUUGGAUCCGUUGCACAAAGGCUAUGUUAAACCACACGACUUUUUGUCUUUUCUUGGUGAAAAAAAAUUAUCCGAAAAGUUAAAGCAACUCGUUCUCAAUAGUUGUGGGUACGGAUUUAUUGUAGAAUGCCGGAAAACAUCAAAUGACAUUCCGCUCCCAUCUGAAUUAGAAUGUCCUGCUCAUAAUGUUGGUUGGAUGUCUGCCUGCCAAAUCGUUUCAGUACCAUCAUUGGAAGAUCUUGGAAUAUUCUUACAAAAUGGAUUAAAUCUAGACAAUAUUAUUAAACACAUCAUCGAAUAUCCUGACAUAUGGGUGUGCGUUCGCUACCUUCAAACUGGACAAAUUGAGAAAAAACUUCUUACAAAGGAUAUACGAAUUCUCGGUGGACUCCGUAUUGGAAUUUCGAUAUCUGUCCGAUACACAUUAGAAGAUGGUUCAAAUGUUUGGAGUAGUAACUUUUCGGUUAUGGAACUUAAAGCUUGUGUUGGUGGGCGUUAUGUUGUAACAGCUAGAUCAGAUACGAAUACCAUCAUAUUUGUGACAAUGCCGCCAGUUGGUUUUGAUAAUUUUGUAAUACAGACCGAUCAACAUGAAGAUUUAAAAGACUUACCAGAGCUUGAAUAUUGCCUCCUGGGACCUUCAACAGUAUUUAGGCAAGAACCUAAAGUUGGUGAAAAAAUUCAGGUCAAAGUAGAUGAGUUAUGGCAUGAUGUUAAAGUUACCGAAGUCAACGAUAAAGAUGUGACAUUUGCGAAUUGGUCUUUUGUUGACGCAGAAGACACCGAAAGCAUUGAAGAUUCGGAAGAAGUGUUUGGUUUCGCAGAGCAAACCUUAAUAAACCUUGAAAAAGGUGAAAGCAGAAACUGGUGCCCAUGGAAAGACGACGACGGUAGAGGCAUAACAAAGUGGGACAUUAGACCUUAUCGCUGCCUCCACGUUGGUGAUCUUGUAGAAGUACCUGUGGUGUAUCCAGAUUAUAAGUAUUGCUACUAUAGCCUUGAAGACUCGCAAUUAUACCUUCCGGCUCGUAUCAUUGAAGUCGAGGGAGAGCAAUAUCUGGUUGAGUUCAACCCUGCAGUCAUUGCUUACACUUGGUGGCCUGGCCGUUCUUCAAAUCCAAGUAAAUUUCCACGUAAACCAGGAGAUAAAGAAACUGUCAACAAUCCAUUUGAUGGCACGCGAGUAUUGGUAAACAUGGAUCGGGUUCGCCCUUACUGUGGAGCAGACUCGCACCCUGUUCUGGGUAUAUCGUCGAUGAGGCCACAUAGCUGGUCAGUAUUUCAAGGAAUCCAAUUUACGGACCUACAACAAUUUAGCGAAGACAUUUUGUGGAAGCAAUAA